AUGGAUAAACAUACCGAUCUCAGCGCUGCAGAAGUGUUGCUGGGGGUGGGCUGGGAUGCAGCUGCAAGCUUCCAGCAGGUGGUCCAGCCUGAGGGCCAGCAGCAGGGUGACGGUCAGGGUCAAGACCAGGGGGGUCAGGGACACACAACCAGGCAGGGGGAUGCCCAUAUCGAUAUCUCUCGGUCUCUCUCUCGAUCCUCUUGUCUCUCUCUCUAUCUCUCUCUCUCUCGGCUCUACUUAUCUCUCUGUCUCUAUCUCUCUCUCUUGCUCUCUUCUCUCUCUCUCUCGCUAUCUCUCUCUCUGUCUCUCUCUAUAUCUCUCUCUGUCUCUCUCUCUCUCUCUCUCUCUCUCUCUCUCUCGCUCACCGACAGAAUGACUCCUCUCUUCAGAUCAGCGCCGCCUUUUUCACUUCCCAGGUCUAGCUUGUAGAAGAGAUUCUAUCUCAGAGAGACUAACCUGACUAACCUGGAAAACUAUCGAGAUCUGCUGCCUGUUUAGAUAUGUCCCACUUCUUCUGGUCCUCUCCUGGAGGAUCAACACAGUAUCAAUCUAUUUCAUCUAUCAGUCCUGUACGAGAGACGAGAGGUUGCUAGGGAAACAACCUUACUACUACUGACUGCCACAUUCAGAAUCUGCUGCUACUACAACCUUUCUAUAUCUCUGUCUCUGUCUCUCUCUUUCACACUCUCACUCUCUCUGAAUCCUGAGAGUGUGAGACUGGGAACCUCUUACGAACUACAUAUCGACCGAAUCGCAAAACUCACCACGCCAAAACCAUCACUCCAGCACGAUAAAAAACGCGAGAAAAAGACGAAAGGGAAACAAAAAGCCACGUAAUCUAAAGCAAGCAACGAAAAGGAAAUACAACACCAAGACAGGAAAAAAGAAGAAAAGACAAGACGACCUCCCACUCCUACCCGCAGCCCCCUCCACGCCCUCCACUCUCCCUCCCUCCUCCCUCUCCUCCUCCCUCCAUCCCUCCCCUCCAUCCCUCCUCUCCCCUCCCCCUCCUCCUCCCCUCCACUCCUCCCCUCCACCACUACCAGGCAGCAGUGAGUGUUUUCAGUCGUCAGCUCGGUUUGUGCCUCAGUUAAAAACACAAGUAGAAGAACAACUCUGACAAUGGUAAAGUAGACCAGGAGAACUGCAGCUUGUUUUGAAUCCUAGGAGGUGACUGAUGGCUCUGUGUGAUUGUUUUGAAUCCUAGGAGGUGACUGAUGGCUCUGUGUGAUUGUUUUGAAUCCUAGGAGGUGACUGAUGGCUCUGUGUGAUUGUUUUGAAUCCUAGGAGGUGACUGAUGGCUCUGUGUGAUUGUUUUGAAUCCUAGGAGGUGACUGAUGGCUCUGUGUGAUUGUUUUGAAUCCUAGGAGGUGACUGAUGGCUCUGUGUGAUUGUUUUGAAUCCUAGGAGGUGACUGAUGGCUCUGUGUGAUUGUUUUGAAUCCUAGGAGGUGACUGAUGGCUCUGUGUGAUUGUUUUGAAUCCUAGGAGGUGACUGAUGGCUCUGUGUGAUUGUUUUGAAUCCUAGGAGGUGACUGAUGGCUCUGUGUGAUUGUUUUGAAUCCUAGGAGGUGACUGAUGGCUCUGUGUGAUUGUUUUGAAUCCUAGGAGGUGACUGAUGGCUCUGUGUGAUUGUUUUGAAUCCUAGGAGGUGACUGAUGGCUCUGUGUGAUUGUUUUGAAUCCUAGGAGGUGACUGAUGGCUCUGUGUGAUUGUUUUGAAUCCUAGGAGGUGACUGAUGGCUCUGUGUGAUUGUUUUAAUGAGACCUACAGUCUGGAACACAUUUGGAUCUUUGUAGUUCAGCUGUGGCACUGAAAUGUAAUGUUACAGUUGAGAGCAGAUUUAAUCUUCUGUCUUGGAGGUUCACAGCUUGAUUACUAUGCUGGACACGAGCCCUCAAUAUGUUGUGGACAGUAGUGGAGUCUGUCUCUGUGUGUGUGUGUGUGGCGGCAACACGCCUACUCUCCUGUCUCAGGUUAUUAACCAUGAACACAUCCUCACUGAUACACAACAAAACAUGGAUAGAUGAUACUUUCAUUUGGUUCUAUUUGCAUACAAUAUAUCUUGUUGUUGAUUGUACUACAUCUAACUCUGUCACAAAUCCCUGCUCCCCAGCCUGUUUUGUCAUAUACCUGCUCCCCAGCCUGUUUUGUCAUAUACCUGCUCCCCAGCCUGUUUUGUCAUAUACCUGUUCCCCAGCCUGUUUUGUCAUAUACCUGUUCCCCAGCCUGUUUUGUCAUAUACCUGCUCCCAAGCCUGUUUUGUCAUAUACCUGCUCCCCAGCCUGUUUUGUCAUAUACCUGCUCCCCAGCCUGUUUUGUCAUAUACCUGCUCCCCAGCCUGUGAGUUGACUCAUUCAAACUGUUUGGCAACAGCACAGUGUUAAAUGUCUGCUAGCCCUGGUGUUUAUCCUAUGGCAACAUGGAUACAUUCAGUCAGUCAGUCUGCCAGUCAGCCAAUCAGUUAUUCAGUCAUUCAUUCAGUCAGCCAAUCAGUCAUCCAGCGAGUCAGCCAGUCUGCCAAUCAGUAAUUCUAUCACAUUUCAGGAGAAGACCCAGAUGCAGACAGUGUUGAAGAAACAAAAGUUUAUUACAAAAACAGGGGGCAGGCAAACGGCAGGUCAAGGGCAGGCAGAGGUCAGUAAUCCAGAUCAGAUUCCAAAAGGUACAGAACAGCAGGAGACAAAGGGCUGUGAGACAUGGAUUUGAUCCUAGACACAUGAAAAGUGGGAUGUAUACAGAGGGUAUGGGGCAACAGAAGACGAAAAGCAGAAGGGUUAAUGAUCUUGGAGAUGGGGAAAGGGCCGGUAAACCGGGGGGAAAGUUUGCGGGACUCCACCCGGAGGGGCAGAUCUAGGGUGGACAGCCAUACCUUCUGCCCGAGACGAUACCGGGGAGCCGGGGUCCGGUGGCGGUCCGCUUGUCAUCGAUACCUGGAGGUGGUCUUGAGAAGAGCCAACUGGGCUCUCCUCCAGGUACGACGACAGCGGCGGAUAAACAUCUGUGCCGAGGGUAUGCCGACCUCUUCCUCUUGCUCCUAGAAGAGCGGGGGAUGAUAACCCAGGGAACACUCAAAGGGCGAAAGGCAGAGCAGGGAAGGCUGUUGCGGGUGUAUUCGACCCACACUAGUUGCUGGCUCCAGGUGGUGGGGUUGGUGGAGACCAGGUAGCGCAGAGUCGUCUCCAGGUCUUGGCUGGCUCGCUCCGACUGGCCGUUGGACUGAGGGUGGAAACUGGAGGACAGGCUGGCCGACGACACAAUGAGUGUGCAGAACGCCUUCCAGAACUGGGACAAGAACUGAGGACCCCGUUCAGAGACCAUGUCCACAGGGAGUACAUGGAUCCGGAAGAUGUGCUGCACCAUGAGCUGGGCCGUCUCUUUGGUGGAAGGUAGCUUGGGGAGAGGAAUGAAGUGGGCGGCUUUGGAAAACCGGUCCACAACUGUCAGGAUGGGGGUGUUGCAAUCAGACAUAGGAAGACCCAUGACAAAGUCCAGGGAUAUGUGAGACCAGAGACGGUGAGGAACAGACAGAGGUUGGAGGAGACCAGCCAGAGCUUGCCGAGGAGUCUUUGUUCUGCGCACAGAUCAUGCAGGGGGUGACGAACGCGGAGAUGUCAGGAACCAUGGUAGGCCACCAAAAGGAGCGGACAGCGUCAGGAACCAUGGUAUGCCACCAAAAGGAGCGGACAGUGUCAGGAACCAUUGUAUGCCACCAAAAGGAGCGGACAGCGUCAGGAACCAUUGUAUGCCACCAAAAGGAGCGGACAGCGUCAGGAACCAUUGUAUGCCACCAAAAGGAGCGGACAGCGUCAGGAACCAUGGUAGGCCACCAAAAGGAGCGGACAGUGUCAGGAACCAUGGUAUGCCACCAAAAGGAGCGGACAGCGUCAGGAACCAUGGUAGGCCACCAAAAGGAGCGGACAGCAUCAGGAACCAUGGUAGGCCACCAAAAGGAGCGGACAGCAUCAGGAACCAUGGUAGGCCACCAAAAGGAGCGGACAGCAUCAGGAACCAUGGUAGGCCACCAAAAGGAGCGGACAGCAUCAGGAACCAUGGUAGGCCACCAAAAGCAUUGUCGCACAAAGGCCAGGGUCCAACGGAAGCCCGGGUGGCAGGCAAGCCUGGAGGUGGGCCCACUCCAGGACCGAGGAGCGGACAGCGUCAGGAACAAACAUCUUAUCUGGAUUUCGACUGGUUCUCCCACAGCACGAUGGCAUGAAAGGGGAGAGGAAAAGUUCUCACCAGAGUACUCGCUCCUACCGGUGAGCCUGGUCUUUUAGUGAACAGGUGGACACAAAAUGACCAGUAGUCCCGCAAUACAGGCAACUCUUUGUGUGAAGCCUUCAUUGCUGUUCGGCUAGAGACAGCCUAGCUCUGCCUAGUUGCAUUGGCUCGGGAAGAGAUUAAUCGGCAGACUUCGGAGACUCUCGGGGGAACUUGGGCAGCCUCGGGUUCUCUCAGCAAUGGAGCCGUCGAGAACUUCCGGGAUGCCUCGGAGGCGAGGUGGAACCAGACUUCCUCUCCUUCUUUGUUCCCGUAGUCGCCCAUCGAUCCGAAUGGUCAAGGUGAUGAGCGAGUCGAGAUCUGUCUGUAGUUCCCGGGCUGCAAGCUCGUCCUUUACUUCCUCCGGUACUCCGUGCAGGAACAUGUUGAACAGCGCUUCCAGGUUCCAGGCACACUCCGCUGCCAACGUGCGGAAAUCCACUGCAUGGUCUGCCACACCGCGGGAUUCUUGCCGAAGCUGGAGUAACUUCUGGGCAGCCUCUCUCCCGGACAAUGGAGCAUCGAAAACCUUCUUUACCAUCAUGGUAGGCUGCCUAACAGACAACCCGUGCAAUUGCUCCAGCAAUGUGUUAAACGCUCGGUCAUGGCGUUCGGCCAAGGUCUGGAACCCUUCCAUGAGACCACGAAGCAACUCCUCAUGCCUUGCAAUGGUGGCACCUUGGGAGGAGAUGGCGUUGCGGAGAUGGUCCGAGUCUGCUGGGUCAGUCAGGGCCAGUU